GCGAAGCACGGUGGGAUUUGGUGUCGACAACUAACUCCUGUAAGAUCGAGUAGGUCUAUUUUGCGGCGGGAUGUUUAUCGGGUGAAGGAAUUGCCUUUACUCAAACGCCUCAGACAGUAUUUAAUUGGUCUGGUCGUCCUCAAAUCGACACAAAACUGCACCGUUUUGUGAAGUUGUGAAGCACGGAGGGAUUUGUGUUGACAGGUAAGUCCUGUAAGAUCGACUACGUUUAUUCCGUGAUGUUUCUGUUAGAUGAGAAAAUUGUCUUUACUCGGUCGUGAUACCGACAGUAUUUAGUUGGUGUGGUCAUCCUCAAAUCGACACAGACUAGACAUACGACUUGGACGUUUCUUAUAUAAACUCUACCCUCAGCCUGUGGGUAAACCUCUAACAUUGUCGAUACGCAGUCAGAAUAUUUCCAUCUCACUCGAAACGGCUAAUUUUGGUUCGUGUUGUUAACUGUGUCCAUCUUGUCACCAUACAUACAAGACGAUGUGAAAAACCGAGCGUGUAAUGGCUGAAAGUAAGAAAAAACGUGAAGCGGUUCUUACAUGUCCGAUAUGUGUGGAGACAUUCUGAAAACCAGUAACUUUACAUUGUCAGCAUAGUUUUUGUAGAGAGUGUAUUGGUGUGUAUGCUGACAAGUGUAACCCGGAACAGACAGAUGAGGCCUCCUGCAGUAGGGGAGUGAGGGUGUUCACCAGCUGAUAUCAUGCCCUGUAUGUCGGACGCCAACCAGUCUGGGGAGAGAAGGUGUAGCUGGGUCUGCCUACCAACUUUCAUCUGACAGAAAUAGUGGAGUGGUUCUCUUCUGCUUUGAAGGUUGAGGAUGACACCCCAUAUUGUUCUCUGUGUGAUGAUGAUAAUCAGGCUAAAGCUGUCAAGUUUUGUACCCACUGUUGUUUACUGUAUUGUAAGGACUGUCUGGCCACUUUUCAUCCCAUGAGGGGGGCUGUUAAACGUCACCGGUUGAUUUCGUCCUGGAGUACCUCUCUCAUAAAACCUCACAGCGACAGACCAGCAGGGAUGAACAAUCAACUCAGCAAGCAGUCAUGUGCGAGACAUGUUCAACCAUUGUGCUUGUACUGUGUACCGUGCCGGAUGAUGAUCUGUAUAGGGUGUGUAGAUGACCAUCCAAAACACGCUAUGCAAGGUAAUACCAUCUGCAGCUGAGAAUGACAAGCUAGCUGUUUUGAACAAGACUGGUGAACUGGAGAAAGUACUACAAGAAACAAAUAAAUCAUUGUCUGGAGUGAUGAGGCUGCAUAAUAAGAUACAAGAAAACAAGGAACUUCACACUCAAGAGGUAGAAAGGGCUUAUUGUGCAGCCUUUGAAGCCUUACAAACCUGGAGGCUACACUCCUUAGACGUCAUAAAAACGCGUUAUUCACAAUGGAGUGUGGAGUGUAGCGCCAUACUCAAAUAUUUCCAAAUACAGGUCAGGGAAAUGGAGAGGAUGGUACAGGCUUCCAAAGGUUUGUUAGCCUCGAUGGUCGUGGAAUUUUCACAAGGUUUGACGGACUUCACCAAAACAAUUGAUGACCAACUGAAUGAGAUAAGAGCCGAUCUGGAGAAACAUGAGGUCAGCAGACAAAAGCUUCUAGAUUCUCUACAACAUGACCAAGUUGUUCCUAGACAGGUGACUGUAAAAGAAACAGUGCAAGAACGUCAGGACUUUGAAGCAGCAGUCGGUGGACCAAUGUCACCCCUAUGUGUUACAAGUAGGUUCUUUUAUGUAUAAAAGAUGUACAAUAGGGUGUGCUCAGAGGACAUAAACGACUUUAGGGUUUACACUAGGAUGUGCAUCAAAGACACAAACAUAAAGUGGAGAAGGGGCACAGUUGUGCGUGUGCAAAACACAUGGCAGACUGUGUUAAGAAGAAAACAAACCAAAAUGAGCUGUAAUACAGCAGGGGGCACCCCAAAAAUGAACAGUAUACUAAGAGUAACAAAGGUGAGAAGAGUUUACGAAAAUCAUAUAUAGUUUGAGGUCUACAUUAGUGUGUGAACAAAACACAAACUGAUGUCAGACUUACAAUAG